CUACUCUCCUGUGUGUUAUCCGAUAGGCGACGCGCCGCCUCUAAAAGAUUCAGCACGCGAGGCAGCACGGCAAACCUCUCCCGUGAAGCGGACGUUCAUUCAAAAUACUAGCUCAGCUCAAUCGAGCUUUAGCGGCGGAGGGAAGUUCGGCCGGUGUGUUUUGUUGGUUCGUUCCGCGGCACCCCCGCUACGGAUGAAAGCGAUGGUAGUUCCUCCUGUUUAUACCAAAGGACACAGUAAAAAUAAAUGAAAAAAAAGCUCGAACUUGAGAAUCCCUCAAGGAUAUGUAACCGCUGUCGGACCAUCUUAAUGUCUCUCUCCACUUCGCAGGGACGGGGCCGGUGGUUGUUAACGGAGAGGCAUCUUCAUCUGGGGCACGUUCAAACCGGACAGUUUGGAUUGAAAGUUCAUCUCUGAAGCAGAACGAGGCCAGAAACCCAGACUCAAAGACCACUAGGGAAUGACGACUAGUUAAUUACUUCUAGUUAAAGACUACUGGUUAAAGUGUGCUACUUAAAGACUAGUAGUUAAAGACUGCUAGUCAAGUGCUGUUGGUAACCACUACCUGACUGGCCCAGCUCCCAGACCAGCUGCACCAUGUUCAGCACUAAACGGUUAAAGAAAAAGUCUCAGUCGGUGGAUAUCCCAUGUGAGGGGUACCUGGGGUCGCUGGCCCCCUCCUCGCCCCUUGUCCGCUUCCUGCCCCAGGCCGUCGCCAGGGCAACCUGCGGCUCCACGCCAGAGGCGAACCACGCCACCAAUCAGAAGCCCCGCAGCAACCCACGCCGCGGCGAGCUCAAGCGAGGCAACACUAUUGACGCGGGCCAGAAGAAGAAGACGGACGCCAGGGAUGUCCGCCGCAUGUCCUUCCAGAGACCACGCGGAACCACGGAAUAUUCUGUGGAGUCUCGGGACACUCUGAACAGCAUCGCACUCAAGUUUGACACGACUCCUAACGAGCUGGUUCAGCUCAACAAGCUGUUCUCCCGAGCUGUCGUUCCUGGGAAGGUGCUGUAUGUUCCAGACCCAAAAUAUGUCUCCAGUCCUGAGAGCUCUCCCUCUCUCAGUCCUGUCAGCCCUCUCUCCCCCACAUCCUCCGACACUGAGCAGGCCAAGGACGGCGAGGUGUCACAGCGGCGGGAUGCCCCAGCCCAGCCCCGCCCUGCCAGGGUGGUGUCGUCCACGUCUGAGGAGGAGGAGGCCCUCACUGAAAAGUUCCUCAAGAUCAACUGCAAGUACAUCACUGACGGCAAGGGUGUGGUCAGCGGCGUGCUUCUGGUCACCCCCAGCAACAUCAUGUUUGACCCCCACAAGGCGGAUGUGCUGGUGCAGCAGAGUGGCUGUGCGGAGUACGGCAUCAUGUGUCCCCUGGACGAGCUGCUGUCGGCAGCCAUGUGCACCGAGGUCACCGAUGCCAGGAUCAAGGAAUUUGUCCCCCCAGAUCUGGAGUUGCCUGCAUCGGCCCCAGAGCCCAGCCAGAUGAGGAGGGCCGCCCGUAGCAACCUGGAGGACGCUGCACAACGCGCAAAGGAUGCUGGGAACGACAGCGCCAGCACGGCGCCACGCAGCACCGAGGCCUCGCUCUCCGAGGACGUCUUCACCGAGUCAGAGAUCUCGCCCGUCCGAGACGAUCCCGACCCAUCCUCCGACGAACUCCGCCGCCUCAGGUCCUCCGGAGCCUCCUCCGAGUCCGUCCAGACCAUCAACCAGGCCGACCCCCCCUCCAGCACCACCACCCCCGCCCCAGAUGCCCUCAGCCCCAGCCACACGCCCAGGCAUGACCCAGGCUCUGACGAGGCCUCCAGGAGAGAGGGGUCAACAUCAGACUGCCAAGCCCAGCAGGGGGAGCCUUCGGUGGGGAGGGGGGAGCAGACUACUAGCGCUGGAGCAGGAGAGGGGGAGGCCAAGUCUCACAUCACACCAGAGUCACAAGCAUCAGACAGUAUAGAAGCUAAGAAACAAGACCAGUCUGGGGUCCAGACCCAGAACCAGAAAAGGGACCAGAACCAAGAUAGGGACCAAACCCACGACCAGAACCAGAGCCAGACUGUGGACCAGAACCAGGAAGGUGUUCAGAACCAGGAAUCACAAUCAAGUCUGGAGGAACUCAGAAAGCUUUGGAAGAGCCACACAACGCAGUCGACCAAUGAGCAUGAGGAUACGGAUCAGCUGACAGUCAUAGAGGCUGCCCCAGCCACUCAGGAGAGGCCGGGAGCAGGACAAGCCCCAUCUGGCCCCAAGGACAGGAGGAGGCCCCGGGGCCUCAGGUUCCUGUGUCUGCGUGUGGGCCGGCCCAUGAGGAGAACCUUCUUGUCCCAGGCCAGCGCCUCCAUGCACCAGUACGCUCAGAGGGACCGCAAGAAGCACGAGUACUGGUUUGCCUUCCCCCCCGACAGGUCGGACCACCUGUACGGGUUCUUCGUCCAGUGGAGUCCAGACAUGUAUGGGGAGGAGGUCGGGGAGGGGCCGCGGGAACCUGGCUUUGUGGUGGUCAAGAAGAACCGCCAGGUGGAAAUGGGUUCUGACGAACCCCCGGUUCCAGACAUCACCUCCAAAGACUGGGAGAUCACCACCAAGGAGGUGGUGAACUCCAAGCUGGGCCCGGCAGUAAGAACUGAUCUGGAGUCAGAAGUGUUCCGUCCCAGUUUGAAUGAACCCAGCGACCUGCUGCAGCCAGAGCACAUUGAGAAGCUGGCUAAGAACCUCCCCCCACGUACGAUUGGUUACCCCUGGACGCUGGCAUUCAGCUCCUCCAAACACGGCAUGAGCAUCAAGAGUCUGUACCGGACCAUGCGGGGGCAGGACACCCCCGUCCUCAUGGUGAUCAAGGACAGCGACGGACAGCUGUUUGGAGCGCUGGCGUCCGAGCCCUUCAAAGUGAGCGAUAGUUUCUAUGGCACUGGGGAGACAUUCCUGUUCACUUUCUGCCCGGAGUUUGAGGUGUUUAAGUGGACUGGAGACAACAUGUUUUUCUUGAAGGGAGAUGUGGACUCCUUGGCGUUCGGAGGGGGAGGGGGGGAGUUUGGUCUGUGGCUGGAUGGAGACUUGUAUCAUGGACGCAGCAACCCCUGCAAGACCUUCGGGAACCCGCGUCUGUCCCAGAAAGAGGACUUUGUCCUGCAGGAUAUCGAGAUCUGGGCGUUCGAGUAGGAGUCAGAGAGAGGGAGAAGACGGUGGAGAGAGACAGAGGGAAGGAUGGAGGGAGAGGGAACGUGAUGAUGGACUCUUAAAGUGGUGCAGUGUUUCGGUCCACGCUGGUCUGUCUUAACUGUCUGCACACUCACCCCACUGGGAAACUCAGCUUUAGCUAGCAGUCAGGCUAACGUUUACCAUAGGAAUCCUGUACAGAACAUUAGCCUUCUGCUAACAUUCAAUGUAAACAACCUGCUGGACAGCUAGCAUUGUGCUAACACACACCAUUGGUAUCUUUUUGCAUAGCUAGCAUUGUGUUAAGAUACACCAUAGGGAU